GCCCACUCUGUUGCAAGCUGGGUAUAUGCAACUGCUAGAGCCUGCUUCUGGGUGAUGGUCAACAUGCCCGUGCAGGUACGCUGCCGGCGUUUUGCUUAUUGGAUCCUUGGGCGACAUCACGAGACGUCGGCCUCUCAUUCUGUUACUCGUGGCGAUAUCCGUGCUACUCACCAUCGGGCUCGCUCUAACGCACAACUUCCCCGCUUUCGAAGUCCUUUCAUUCUUUCUCGGCAUGACCUCAGUGACCACGAACAUCCUGCUUCCCCUCACGGCCGACCUCGCGCCCCCCAAUCGCCGCGGCACCGCGCUCUCCAUCGUCAUCUCCGGCUUGCUCCUCGGCGUCCUCAUCGCACGUGUCCUCGCGGGGAUCUUCGGGCAGUACGCCACCUGGCGCGCGACGUACUACUUCGCCGUGGGCGUGCAGGCGUGUGCACUCGGCCUCUGCUGGCUCAUCAUCCCGGACUGCCCGCCUCCGUCAGGGCAGCAGCAGCUGUCGUACCUCGGGAUCUUGUGCUCGAUGGGGAAGCUUGGUGCGACGGAGCCCGCCCUGAUACAAGGAUGCUGCGUCAACUUCGGGACGAGCGUGGCCUUCACGGGCUUCUGGGUGACGCUGACGUUCCUGCUUGGGGGUCCUGCAUUCAGGUACUCGACGCUCGACAUCGGUCUCUUUGGCCUGAUCGGCAUUGUGGCAGUCAUGGCGGCGCCGCUCACCGGACGGCUGAUUGACGCGUUUGUCCCUUGGCACGCUACGCUGCUCUCUGUGGCAUGUUUGUGCCUGUUCUUCGUCAUCCAGACGCUGGCGGAAGGCCGCAGCAUCGCCGCCGUCGUCAUCAUCGCCUUCGGACUGGGGCUGUUCCGCCAGAUCGUACAAGCCUCAGUGCUGACCCAGAUCCUCAGCAUAGCACCCGAAUCACGCUCUCGCAUGAACGCCCUCAGUACCCUCUCGGUUUGUGUCGGACAAGUCUUCGGCACCGCAGCAGGGACCGCGGUUUUUCUUCGAUACGGCUGGCGAAUGGCAGGGCUGUUGUCCGUUGCGCUCUGUCUGUGGCAGAUCCUGAUACUCCUCCUGCGUGGACCGCAUUGUGAGAGGUAUACUUGGUUCGGGUGGCAGGAUGGAUUGGGCAUCCUCAAGCGGCGGAUGGUCUGAUCGGGACAUAGGGAGCCAUUGUCAUCACACCGGUGGUGAAACGGUAUCAUGCUUGCCUUCCAGUCCUUGUUGUCUGCAUUGUAGCAAGCGGCACGGGUUCGACUCCCGUCCGGUGUACGUCUACCUUUGAUAAGGCCCUAGGCUCAUGUCAGUGCUCCGUAUCCUUAAACUUUUUGUUGUUGUUGUUAGUGAAAUCUUUCACUAUCGCUCAUGAAACAAGCAACCAGGAAGAUCUGCGCACUUCCAACUUGUCCCUCAAUCUGAUGUACUCUACUACUUCGGCAUCUAAUUAC